AUGCGGCCGCUUCCUGAGCAGACGAUGACCGCGAAGCAAGUAACCGCCCCAGAUACCGAGAGCGCCGACGAGCUGAUGCGGCGGGUGCGGUCGAUGCUGCCGACGUUGCGGCAGCGGGCGGCGCGUGCGGAGGAGUUGCGACGGCUUCCCGACGAGACCGUGAGCGACCUGGUGGCGUCGGGGUUGUGUCGCAUCGGGGUACCCAAGCGAUAUGGCGGGCUGGACGUGGACUACUCGCUGAUGCUCGACGUGGCGGCAGAGUUGGGCCGGGCGUGUCCGGCGACCGCAUGGUGCUAUGGAUUGUGGACGGCGCACGCGUGGCUGGUGGGAUAUUGGCCGAAGCCGGCGCAGGAGGAAGUGUUCGGGUCGGGCCCGGACGCGCUGUGCUCCAGCUCGCUGAACGUGGGUCGGUCCACUUGCACGCCGGUGGACGGCGGGUACCGGCUGUCGGGACGGUGGGAGUUCUCCAGCGGGUGCGACGCGGCAAGCUGGUUGAUGCUCGGAGUGCCGGGUAUCGGGGGGCGGAACUGGGCGCUGGUGCCGCGCGGCGACUACGAAAUCGUGGACACCUGGUUCGUGUCGGGUCUGUGCGGGAGCGGGAGCAAGGACAUCGUGGUGCACGAUGCGUUCAUUCCGACCCAUCGCAUCCUCGACGUGACGACUGCGGGCGACGGCGACUGGAGCGGGUGGGAACUGCACGGUCAGAGCAGAUACCGGGCCCCGAUCCCGGCGCUGCUGGGUUGGGACCUGGUGGCGCCCAUGGUUGGCAUCGCCCAGGGGAUGCUGGACGAGUUCAUCACCAAGACGGCCGGAACGGCGGGGGCGGCGAAGUCGGCGGACUCGCCGGCGGUGCACAUUCGCGUGUCCCAGGCAGCGGCGGAGGUCGAUGCGGGAAGGGCGCUGAUGGAACGGGACGUGCGCGAGGCGCUGGAUCAGGCCAGAGGCCGGCGAAGGGUUCACGACCCUGGACCGGGCGAAAUAUCGGCGGGACAAGGCGUAUGUCACCCAACCAGCUGUGCCUGCAGGCGGUUGAACCGCUGUUUGACAUCAGCGGCGGGCACGGGCUUUUCGACUCCGCCCCGUUGCAACGGUUCCACCGGGACGCCCACGCCGUGGCGCACCGGGACACGCUGA